ACGAAGUAGGUGGGUGUACCCAAAAAUACCCUCUUCAAAAUCAAUUGCCCUAAAAAAAUCCCUCUUUGAAACGCCAAGAAUGUUGCUCAAAUCUUAGCUGCCCUUUUGCCCCUGCAAAUUUAUCUCUUCCCAUCCAAUACCCUUCUAUAAGGUGUUUUCUGAGGUGGGUUUUUAUAAAAAUCGAAUCUUUCUACAAUCUGCAACAUACCCAGAUCACGAAUUUGGUGAUUCUCCAAUUUCUGAUUUUGGAAUUCACCUUUUCUGUGUUAUUUGCUGGAAUCUUGUUGCUGAAGCUGAAUAUCUGAAUUUGCUUGACAGUUGUUUGGUAAAGUCUAAGGUAGUUGCCCAUUGAAGAAGGUUAGCUUGUUUUUCAUGAAAGUUCACCUGGGAGAGUGAUAAGGAGGAGCAAUUUUCUGCCUGCUGUGAGUCAUUGUCAUUGUCAAUUGUCAUUGCGUGAUACGGGUUAAUGGAGGACCGCGAUUUGAUUAUUGAAUCAAGUCAUAAUUUUCCACAUGUGAAACAAGAACGUGGAUUCUUCAAUAAUCGCCAAUUUAUUCCAAAUCAAAAUCACGAUUUGGGGCUCGCGAGUCCUUUACCUCUCGAAGAGAAUGACCUUGGAUUAGGUGUUCAACAACAUGACCACAACGGGCAUGAUUUGGGCUUAUCACAUGAUCAAACCCACCACCAUUUGACUAUUAGCCAGAUUGAUGAAGAGAAUAUGAGUCCGUUGCAACUAGUUACUCGAGAUUAUGAUGAUCAAGGGGAUGGAUAUAGUCAUGAAAACGAAGCUGAAUCAAAUGUAGGUUCAGGUUCUACUGAACAGGUGGUAGAUAAACAGAAUUUUGAGGACCCUGAUCAUGAUCAUGAUCAUCAAUUGGGUGUUACAGACGAGAAUCAUCACAAGUUAGAUGUAUCUGAUUCUCAUGAUUUUGAUGGAAACAUGGAAUUAACAGAUGGUGUUUCUAAUUCAGAGUUUGAAGUUGAUGUGCCUGAAUUGAUUUAUCCGGGUCCACCUAUUGUGCAGUCCCGUUGUCUUGUUCCCGUACCUGACCAUGAACUACAUGUGGGUCAAGAAUUUCCCGAUGUGCAGAGCUGUCGUAGGGCACUAAGAAACUCAGCAAUCGCCCUUCACUUUGAAAUACAAACCGUCAAAUCUGAUAAAACCCGGUUCACUGCCAAAUGUGUCAACGAGGGAUGCCCGUGGAGGAUCCAUGCUGCUAAACUUCCCGGUGUUCCUACAUUCUCAAUCCGAACCCUAAACAAUAACCAUACAUGUCAAGGUUUAACUCAUCUUGGUCAUCAACAAGCCACGGUUGAAUGGGUUGCUCAUUCGGUUGAGCAACAACUUAUGGAAAACCCGAAUUGCAAACCGAAGGAGAUAUUAGAAGAGAUUCACCGUGUUCAUGGGAUUGCUUUAUCAUACAAGCAAGCUUGGAGAGGGAAAGAAAGAAUCAUGGCUACUCUUCGUGGAUCAUUCGAGGAAGGAUAUAAACUUCUUCCUCAAUAUGUUGAGCAGAUUGAGAGAACAAAUCCAGGAAGUAUUGCAGCAGUUUAUGCAAAUCCAGAAGAUAACUGUUUUCAUAGGUUGUUUGUUUCAUUUCAAGCAUCAAUUUACGGGUUUCUCAAUGGAUGCCGCCCUCUUCUUGGACUUGAUAGGAUUACUUUAAAGAGCAAAUAUUUAGGGAACUUGCUUCUUGCUGCUGGUUAUGAUGGUGAUGGAGCUCUUUUCCCUUUAGCUUUUGGUGUGAUUGAUGAAGAAAGUGAUGAUAAUUGGAUGUGGUUUCUUUCUGAGUUACAUAGUCUUCUCGAGAUGAACACCGAGAAUAUGCCGAGGCUCACCAUUUUGUCCGAUAGGCAAAAGGGUAUAGUCGACGGGGUUGAAGCGAAUUUCCCGACGGCGUUUCACGGGUUUUGUAUGCGGCAUCUUAGCGAGAGCUUCCGUAAAGAGUUCAACAACACGAUGCUCGUGAAUCUAUUUUGGGAAGCCGCUCGGGCCCUUACGGUAAUCGGGUACGAGACCAAAGUUCUAGAAAUCGAAGAGAUAUCAUCAGAUGCGGCGUAUUGGAUAAGACGGCUUCCACCCCGGUUAUGGGCGACUUCCUAUUUCGAAGGAACGAGGUUCGGCCAUUUGACGGCUUCUAUGGCCGAAUCGGUCAGCCCGUGGAUUCUAGAAGCUUCUACUCUUCCAAUGGUUCAGAUGAUGGAGAACAUAAGAAGGCAGUUAAUGACGUGGUUCAACGAACGGCGUGAGUUGAGUAUGCAAUGGACAAGUACACUGGUACCGAAUGCAGAAAGACAGGUUGCAGAAGCUAUAGAACAGGCCCGAUCUUACCAAGUUUUACGGGCCAAUGAAGCUGAAUUCGAAGUUAUCUCCCACGAGGGGACAAACAUCGUUGAUAUCAGAAACCGUUGUUGUCUCUGUCACGGGUGGCAGGCAUACGGGUUGCCGUGUGCGCACGCUGUGGCGGCUCUACUUUCUUGUAGGCAGAAUGUUCACCGGUUUACUGAGAGUUGUUUCACAGUUGCUACUUAUAGAAAGGCCUAUUCUCAGACCAUUCACCCUAUUCCUGAUAAGACACUGUGGAACGAGGGUAAUACUAAUACCGGUAAUCUUGCUGCUAUUGUCUUGAACCCGCCUAAAUCGCUCCGGCCACCACCACGUCCGAGGAAAAAGCGGGUUCGGGCUGAAGAUCGUGGGGCCCUAGUAGUGAAGCGGGUUGUGCACUGUAGCCGUUGUAAUCAAACGGGUCAUUUUAGAACUACUUGUGCAGCUCCUAUAUAGAUGAUAAUUAGGUAAUAUUCAUAAUUCUGUCUUUCUUUGUUUUUCUUGCAAUGGUUUUCUAUAGUUGCAUUAGAGUUCAGUAAUUCUUGUAUAACAUUCCUAGUCAUAAUACGAGCUGAGAUCAGUUCUUUGUGAGUGAACCGAAUCUAUAUUUGGGCAAAUAUCAUUGUAAUGUUCAUUGAAGUUGCUUAUCUUGGAAAGUUUUAUCA